AUGGGCGGACGUUUGCUGCUGCCUGGUCUGCUCCUGUUCCCUCCUCUGAUCUCGGGCUGGACCAUUUCCAACUGCUCAGUGACCGAAGGCUCCAGGCUGCACCUGGUCUCCCAUUUCUCCCUCUGCGGCUUGGACUCCAGACUGCCCCUCCUUGCGGUGUGCUCCGGGGUGACCAACGUGACAAAGGCCUUAGAGGCUGUGCCACAGGGUGUGGAGGGGCUCUGUCUCCGUGGUUCCCCUCCGGUUCUGCCCGCGGACGCCUUCUCCCGCUUCCCGGGCCUCAAGGCCCUGGGGCUGACCCUGUAUCUCACACAGAUCCUGCCCGGAGCCUUCCGGGGCCUGGGACAGCUGCAGCGGCUGUCUUUCAUACAGCUCCCCGUGAAAGACCUCUUCCUACCCCCUGAUGCCUUAGGCAACCUGAGCUCCCUCCAGUACUUAGCUUUCUCGGGCGUUUGCCUGGAUGGGAACUCGGGGGUCCGGUUGCCUCCCAACCUACGGCGGCUGUCCGUCACUUUGAGUUGCCUUAAGGAUAUGGGGCAGCUGGCCGACAUCUUCCCAGACCUGGUGCUUGGCUCCUCCUCCGGUGAUGCCUGGACUCUGGAGACACUGGACUUGAGUUCAAACAGGUGGCUGAAGAUGGCCAGUCCUGGGGGCCUCCGGGGCCUCAAGCUGGGGACUCUGAAUCUGGACCACACGAAGAUGAAGGCAGCUGCACUGAUGGGGCUGGGGCUGCGGAGGCUGGAUGCCCUGUCUGUGACAUACACGGACACGGCCGAGCUGCCCGCCGGGACAGUUGCCCACUUCGAGCUGCAAGAGCUGAAUCUGGGACAGGGGCAGAUGCGGAUAGAGCACAUAGCUCUGGAGGCCCUGGCUUCCUGCGAGAGCCUGAAGAGCUUGAGUCUUAAGGGAAGCGGCCUAAUGGACCUGCCACCAGGUUUCCUGGCUGCCCUGCCCAGGCUUCGGAGACUGAACCUGUCAGGCAACAAGCUACGCAGCGCCGUGCUGUGCCCGAAUGAGACAGGAGCUGUGUCAGGACUGCGGGCCCUGGACCUGUCCAGCAAUGAGCUGCGUAGCCUGGCCCCUGACACCUUCUCGUGUCUGUCCCACCUGCGGGAGCUGCUACUUCAGACGAACCAGCUGGUUUGGCUGGAGGGCCAGGUAUUCCAGGGCUUAAGGAGGCUGGAGAUGCUGGACUUGAGUAACAAUCCACUGGAGGCCCUGGGCAAGGGCUGGUUGGCUCCUCUGCCUGCACUCACCACCCUCAACCUGCUGAAGACCCACAUUGUGCUGAGCCCAGCCUGGGACUUCUGGGGCCUGGAGAGUCUGCACGACCUGAGACUGCCGCUCCGCUCUGGCCCUUCUGGGACAGCGCUGUCCCUGCCCACGAGGCUGACCAGCUUGGAGCUUCACGCGGUGCCAGGCGGGGAGCUUUGGGAGCUGGCUUCUCCUGUCUUUCCAGCCUUACAGAACUUGACUCUAAAUGGUUGGGGGCUGCAGCUGGGGACCCAGAAGGUCCCCAAGAUCUUCCCUGCCCUUCGCCAACUCUCCCUGUUUGGCAGUAGCUUGGAGGGCCUCUGUUCCCCCGACACCCCCAGCGUCUUCCUCUGGCAGCUCCCCAGGCUCCAGUAUCUGAGGGUACAGGGGGACGGGCACGGCCCCAGGCCCUGCUGCAUCACCGGGCUGCCCAGUCUACAGGAGCUGACGCUGCAGAGACUGCUGUCCCGAGCGCAGCCCCGCCGCGUGCAGCUGGAGGAGCUGGUGGGGGAACUGCCCAGGCUCCAGGUACUGCAUGUGGCCCGAACGGGGCUGGAGACACUGUCUGCGGUUGCUUUCCAGGGCCUGGGAAGUCUCCAGGUCUUGGUGCUAGACUGGGAGGCAGGCCUCGUGCUGGAUGGCAGUCUCCAGGAGCACAGUCCCCAGAUGCCACAGUACGUGUAUGUUCUGCGUUCGUCCUUGGCCUGCCAGUGUGCCAAUGCCUGGGUGGAGCCCUGGCUUGAGGGGUCCCCCAGAACAUAUGUGCACAUAGCGUCAGCCCAGCUGUGCCAGCCAGAAGCCGGGGUCCACCCCAAGCAACGCCUCUUCCCCUUUCUCUGGAGUCACUGCCCCAGGACUCUAGAGUUGGGACUCUUUUUGGGCAGCUCUGCCCUGCUGCUUCUGCUGCUCUCCUGGCCCCUCCUGCAAGAAGCCAGGAACUCCUGGCUCCUCUAUCUGCAGGCCUUAUUCAGGGCUUGGCUUCAGGAUCUGAGGGGUCCGAAGGGUGAGGGCAAGAGGUUCCUCUAUGACGUCUUUGUGUCCCACUGUAGGCAAGACCAGGCCUGGGUGGUGCAGGAGCUGCUGCCUGCCUUGGAGGGCCGCCGGGGGCUGCGCCUCUGCCUCCCUGAGCGGGAUUUCGAGCCAGGCAAGGACGUGGCUGAUAACGUGGUGGAGAGCAUGGCCAACAGCCAGGUCACGCUCUGCGUGCUGAGCGGCCAGGCUCUGCAUACCCCACGCUGCCGCCUGGAGCUCCGCCUGGCCACCUCCCUCCUGCUGGCCGCCCCCCGCCCGCCGCUGCUGCUGCUGGUCUUCCUGGAGCGCGUCUCCCGCCACCAGCUCCCCCGCUACCACAGACUGGCCCGGCUGCUCCGCAGAGGAGACUACUGCGUGUGGCCCAAGGAAGAGGAGGGCAAGGACGACUUCUGGGCGUGGUUGGGGAGCAGGCUGGAGCAGGCCAGGCUGGGCUAG